AUGCAUAAUAGUAAACAAACUGAUCACGAAGUUUCUGAUAAUGAUUUACAAAAACCAAAUAUUUAUAAUCAAUAUUUGCCAUAUUAUGAAUCAAUUAAACGACAAAGCUUAGAGUCAUUUGAAGAAAUCUGUGAAAAUCUUUCACGUCUUAUUCAAUCACAAGAAUUACAACCUGGUUUUCCACUUUGGUCAUCUAAACUACAAAAUUUUAUUUCACUUUAUGGUUUUUCUUUUACUAAAAGCAAUCAUAUAAAAUUAAUCAAUUUUUAUUUAUCAAUUCUUUCCAUUACAAAUUUAAAUUAUGUCAAUGCAAAAAUGUGUUUUGAUAUGUUGACUCAGCUUACACGGAGAACACGUAUGAUUACAAGAAAUGAUCUUAUUAUCGAUUGGAGAAUACUUUAUGUAUGGGCAAAACUUGUUCUUUUCAAUCAUGAUCAAUCUUAUUCACUUGUUUCUAUUUCCAAACAUAUUGUAAAUUCAUUGUUAUUGUGUGUACGUAAUUGUCGUCCUUAUUUUUCAGUAACAGCUACUCAAGAAAUUCUUGAUGAAUUUCAACCAUGUUUGUGUCCAUUCGAUACAGUCUGUAGAGAUGUUAUGAGUUAUUUGGAUAUGUUUUUACCUGUUCAUUUACCACCUGAAUUACAUCAUCAAGGAUUCAAAUUGUGGUUGUCAGAGUUUUUAGAUAUUUGGGAAACUGUUUAUAAUAAUGCAGUAUGGGAACAAAGUUUAAUUAGUUUAUUUUCUUUUGUUGCUUGGUGUAAUAUUGGAUAUAUUGAUUGGGAACCAUGGCUUGCACGUAUUUUUACAAGAAUAUUAAAAAAUCUUUCACUUCCAGUUGGUAAUGUUGAAUUAGAAAAACCAACAGAAAAGUAUUCUAUACCAAUUGUUGCUACAUGGAUUGUUGCUAUGAUGGGAAAUCAUAGUUCGUGUAUUCAAUAUUUACAAGAUUUAUUAAUUUCAAUAAAAAAUUUUUAUCACCCUUCAAAUACAGGAGACUUUCAGACAGAACUUCUUAGUUUUCUUUCAAUGCUUGCACAAGCAUUUGUUGAUCGAGUUUAUUUUGAACGUACAACUGAUCCAGUUUGGUAUUUUAAUCCACCAGAAUCUCAUCGACUUCACGACGAAGAUAUUACGAAUUUUGUUAAUUGUCUGAAAGAAUGUUCAUUUAUAUCUAUAUUCAACAAAUAUCAUCUUGACUUAGCAGCCGAAACAUGUCAUUAUCUUUCUCAACUUCGACCAGAACUCAUUGUUCCAUCAUUAGUUGAAUUACUUUUUUCUUCGAUUGAUAACAUGACUGAACCACAUCGUUUUACAUCAAUAAUUACUUGUCUAGCUGGUAUAACUGGUCAAAUUGUUCGUCAGACAUUGGACUUUCCUCAAGGUCAAACGUUUGUUUUACCAUUAUUAAUAUCGGUUUUACCUGGUAUUGAUGCAAAUGAUUUUAAAAAAACUUCAGUUACAUUUCAAUUUCUCAAUUCUAUUUUAAUGCUUAUCACAUGUGUUGAUUGUUCAUCUGCAGUUAAUACAAGAAAUGAUCUUACCGAAAUUGAAAAAGAAGUUUGUUUAUCAACAGCAAAAUUUGAAGAUUUUAUUAGUGAACUUCUUAAUCGAAUAUUUCAAAUGAUUGAUACAUUAUCAACAGAAAUAUCUGAUGCUUUAAUAAUAACAAUAGAUUCAAAAAUGGAAGAUCAUCAAAUUGGUUUAGAAUUAACAUCCGUCAUUUCAUGUAUUGUUCAACAAUGUAGUAAAAAAAUUUUUCAUAUGAUUCGUGGAAAGAUAACAAAUUUUCUUGCAACAUAUUGUUAUUCUCCUAAAACAAGUAAACUUCUUACGGGUCUCAUUCAAGCUAUGUUAAAAAGUCAUCCAGUUGAAACAUUAAAUUAUCUUUUACCGCAAACAUAUGAACAUAUUGAAAAAAUUCUUAGUCAAUCCGAUAUGAUUAUUUUAAAUGAUCAUAAAGGUGAUUCAGAAUUAACAUGGCGUUUGAUACUGUUCUCUGAACUUGCUUGUGCUCGUGUAGGUAGUCAAAAGGACUCGAAAGGUAAAAAUCCGAACUUGAUAGCUAUUAAUAUUGGUGAUUUAUUAGGAAAAUACUGA